UGCAAGGAGUGUCAGGAAAGCACCACAGAAGAAAGGGUUUUUCUAAGUUAUCCAGCAUAGCAUAGUAAAUACCUGGCUUUGUUUCUUGUGAUACAGGCUCAUAAACACUGCCAAUUUUUCCAUCUCCAAAAAGCUGAUGUUGCUUUCACAUAUGCUAACAAAAUGAGGAAAAGGCAGUAUUUUAUGUCUGUACUCUUCACUCUCUUCAUGUCACCAGCCAAUAUAUUGGGGGAUUCAGACUCAUGUCCUGCUGUUUGUGAGUGCUCUGAGUGGAAGACCUACACAAUUUCAUGCUUUUAUAUUGAUGCAAUGCCUACAUUUCCUGCAAGCACAGAAAUGCUAUGGCUACUGGAGACACGUCUGGCUACAGUUCCACAUGAUGCCUUUAUGAACAUGGUCAACAUUUCAGAGAUAUACAUAUAUGGGGAUGUGAUAUUGAAAAGGCUGGAGAAGCACUCAUUUUACAACUUAAUGAAAGUCACCCACAUAGAAGUACGGAAUACCAGGAGUUUGGCUUACAUUGACUCAGAGGCAUUUAAGGAUCUACCAAAUCUGAAGUACUUGGGGAUUUUCAAUACCGGACUUUCAGUAUUCCCUGACCUGACCAAGAUCAACUCUGAUGAUAUGAACUUCAUACUUGAAAUUGCUGAUCACCCCUACAUCACAACAAUACCAGCCAACUCCUUCCAUGGCCUUACCAACAAUGUCCUGACUGUGAUGUUGUACAGCAAUGGUUUUACUGAAAUCAAGCCGUAUGCCUUCAAUGGGACGAAACUGAAAGCUGUCUACCUCCACAGAAAUGAGCUCUUGAACAGAAUUGAUGAGAUGGGGUUUGCCGGCGUAAUGAAUGGACCAUUGCUUCUCGAUGUUUCCCAUUCACACGUGACCUCUUUACCAACAAUUGGUCUGGAGUCCCUCCAGGAACUCAUGGCAAGAAACACAUGGACCCUGAAGAAACUACCGCCAGUAAUGACCUUUCAACAUCUAUUGAAAGUAGAUGUCACCUACCCAAGUCAUUGCUGUGGAUUUAAGGACUUAAAGAAAAAGAAAGGAUAUUUUGAAUAUGCCAUUUGCAACCUAACCAGCUCCAACCAAUAUCAGAAGGACUCAGUGAGUGAUUAUAAAGUUAUCUCCCAAAACUACAGAGAGAGCGAUGCUGAAAAUAUGAAGAAUGUAUUCAAGGAGGACUAUGAUUUCCAUGGCGACCUGCAUUACCAAAGUUGGGUAAAAAACCUGGGUUUUGGGGAUACCCUGCAGGCCAUGCAAGAAGACCCCAGCCAGUACUUUGACAGCAUCUAUGACUACACAAUGUGUGAGGAGACCAAAUAUGUUACCUGCUCUCCUGUCCCAGACGCAUUCAACCCCUGUGAGGACAUCACAGGCUACAGCUUCCUGCGUGUAUCUGUUUGGUUCAUAAGCCUAGUGACCAUCCUGGGGAACCUGUUCGUCUUGCUCAUCCUGUUCACCAGCCACUAUAAGUUAUCUGUCUCACGCUUCUUAAUGUGUAAUUUGGCCUUUGCAGACCUGUGCAUGGGGAUAUAUCUCAUUAUUAUCGCUUCAGUUGACCUCUAUACAAGGUCUGAGUACUAUAACUAUGCCAUAGACUGGCAGAUGAGCCCAGGUUGCAGCUUAGCUGGCUUCUUGACAGUCUUUGCUAGUGAGUUGUCUGUGUACACACUGACUGUCAUAACAGUGGAGCGCUGGUAUACCAUCACUUUUGCAAUGCGUUUGGACUGCAGGCUACGACUCCUCCAUGUUUCCUUUGUUAUGUUGGGAGGCUGGAUCUUUUGCUUCCUGCUGGCCCUGCUACCCUUGGUGGGCAUCAGCAGCUACCAGAAGGUCAGCAUCUGCCUGCCCAUGGACACCAACUCUACAUUAGCCAAGGUCUACAUUGUUUCCAUCCUGUCCCUCAACAUUUUUGCGUUCAUGGUCAUUUGCACAUGCUACAUCAGGAUCUACUGCAUGGUGCAGAACCCUCACUGCAGCUACAGAAGCGAUGAUACCGUUAUUGCCAAACGUAUGGCCAUCCUUAUCUUCACAGAUUUCCUCUGCAUGGCACCCAUCUCCUUCUUUGUAUUGUCAGCUGUGCUUUACAAGCCCCUCAUCACGGUCUCCAACUCCAAGAUUCUACUGGUCCUCCUUUAUCCUCUCAAUUCCUGUGCCAACCCUUUCCUCUACGCAAUCUUUACCAAGGCCUUCCAUGGCGAUGUCAUCAUCCUGCUCAGCAAGUUUGGAUUCUGCAAGCAACAAGCUCAGUACUUCCGUGGCCAGUAUGUGUCUGCUAAGAGCAGCAGUGACUGCCAUGUGAAGCAGCAGAGGAAGAACACAAAACAGGUGUUCAUCUACCUGCAGGAUCGCUCCACCUUUACAUCACAAAGCAACAGUAAGAUGUGUUGAUGGUCCCCACUUUUUUGUUUUAAGUUUUAUUAAAUGCUUUAUCACUUGCAUUGUCUAAUAUGUCCCAAUUAAGCUGGUAAAAAUACAAAAUCUGUAAAACAUAAUGAAACAUUUGUUCCAAGAAAAAGUCACCGGACAAAGCAAUCCAGUUCAAUUUGUCUCCAGAUCUGCUGUAGUUCGAGAUUUCAGUUAAUGCAGCCAAUCAUCUACUAUAGUACCCUCCAAAAGUAUGGGAAUGUUAGAGAGAAAUUAGCUUUUGUUAUGUACUAAAGGCAUUUGGAUUGUAGUUCAAAAGAUGAAAAUGUGACGGAAGUACCUACAAUCACCUUUUAUUUCAUGGCAUUUACAUGCAUAUGUUUUAUUACCAUUUUACACAAACCGCUAUUUUUGUGUGUCCCCCCCAUUUUCAGCUGUGAAAAGUAAGUUAACAGAUGACCGACAGGUGUUAACUGUUGCUCAGGUGUUUGAUUUGGCAUGGAAUGUUCACACAUGAAAGAACAGCGAGUGUCUAGUAUUUAGGCUUUGUGUACUUCUUUGGAGAUUGCAUUUCGAGCCAGAAGGCAUACACCAACAUGAAGACUAACUAUGUCUGAAAAACAACUAAUCUGUAAGCUGAGAGGACAGAAACAUUAAUUUAGAAGGCUAUUCGAGUCUUGAUUUUAGGAUUUGUGUACUUCUGUGGAGUUUAUGUUUCGAGCCAGAAGGCAUACACCAACAUGAGGACUAACUAUGUCUGAAAAACAACUAAUCUGUAAGUUGAGAGGACAGAAGCAUUCGUUUAGAAGGACAGCACCGGAACUGGGUAUAUCAGGUACAGCAGUUUGGAAAGUCUUGAAAAAGAAUGUUGAGAGACGCAGAAUCAGAGUGGUUGCAUGCACUGCAGCAAGCACUGAGCUCUGCUUUUUUGUGUGGUGGUCAGUACUGUACAUGUCAGAGGUAUGAAUAUUGUCUGUCCUCAUACAGUAAAAACAUGUAACACCUACCCAAAAUUGCCUGUUGCACUCAUUUGAUAUGUUUUCAUGAAAAUGUUAAAAAAAAAAAAUCAACAUCUUUGGUAAA